AUGGAGCGGGGAAGCGAUCAUGGCACGCCAGAUACAAAGAUGGAGGAGGUUCCGCCCGUCAACUCUGAAGCAGUCCUCCCCCAUGCCACCCACGCCACAUUUCGUGCAAAGUUGGCCCGUCACAAGUGGGCUAUCACUGCAAUGUUUCUAGUCCUCACAGCUGCGCUGGUCACUGGCUUGUCCGUCGGGCUGACCAGGGGCCAUGGGCCACCCGCUUCGGUACAUAUGAUCGGAACGGCUAUGGGUCUUGCCGCUCCAGUGCCCGCUUGGCGCAUUCAGUCAACAGCCCAAGCCGGCAAUGACCUCUCGGCAUUGUCAAAGUCUGGGGCAGACGUCUCUUCGUGGUACCAGAUUGAUGUGUCGAAAUGCACGCUCAUGGCGUGUCUCAUACAGGCAGGCGUCUACAAUGAUACUGACUUGUUUUUCUCCGACAAUCUCAAGAGGGUCGACUCAAGUCGCUUCGCGGUGCCUUGGAUCUACCGCCAAGAGUUCUCACUGGAUGCUGCAGCCGUCGCGUCAGGCAGUGGCAAUCAUUUUUUCCUGCAGACUGAAGGCAUUACCCCCAAGGGAGAUGUCUGGUUCAAUGGCAACCAAUUGGCCGACAAGACGGAGCACGCCGGCUCGUAUGUUGGGAAGCGAUUCGACAUCACAAACCUUGUUGGCACCAACAACGUACUCGCCAUCCGCGUGUACCCUACCAACUACAACUACGAUUUUGCCCUCGGCUUCGUCGACUGGAAUCCUUAUCCUGCCGACAACGGCACGGGUGUAUGGCGCGAUAUAACCGUCCACCAAACACGUGGUGCCUCGGUGACAGACUACCGCCUCGUUACUGGCAUGGCUUCACCAUCUGGCCAAGGCGGCGGUAAUGUCACACUGAAGGCUACUGUCACAAACCUUGAGAACGAGCGAGCCACGUUUGACAUUCAAGGACUCGUGACAUGCAACUCCUCCACUGGCAACAAGUACCAAGGUCAACAAAGUCUUGAUAUCGGUCCUCUCGAGUCGCGCGAAGUUUCUUUGACCAUACCCGUUCAAGAUGCGCGGAUAUGGUGGCCAAAGAUCUGGGGCGCACAGCCUUUGUAUUCAGCCCGCCUCAGUGUGUCCGUCGACGGAGAACUCGCAGACUCAUCCGAGCGAACAUUCGGCUUCCGCACAGUCACUUCGCAGGUCAACAAAUUCAACGAUACCAUCUUCUUUGUCAACGGUCAGCCGUUCCAGGUGGUGGGUGGUGGUUACAGCGCCGACAUGUUCCUACGCUGGGACCCGGCAAAGUUUGAGGCUCAAGCGCGGUAUAUGCUAGAUCUUGGCCACAACACUGUGCGACUUGAGGGCAAGCAGGAGCAUCCGGAGCUGUAUGAAAUUGCCGACCGACUAGGCCUUAUGGUCAUGGCAGGCUGGGAAUGCUGCGACAAAUGGGAGGCAUGGAGCUACAAUCAAGACCUUGCAAUACAGCCACCACCAAUUUAUAGCGACGCGGACUACAAUAUCGCCGCAGCCAGCAUGCGUCAUGAGGCUAUGAUGAUGCAGAGCCAUCCAAGUAUGCUUGCCUUCUUGGUUGGUAGUGAUUACUGGCCUGAUGAUAAAGCUACCAAACUCUACGUUGAUGCUUUCAAGGCUGCAGGCUGGCAAAUGCCCAUCAUCGCUUCUGCAUCGAAGCGCGGAUACCCUAAGCUGCUGGGGCCGUCGGGCAUGAAAAUGGAAGGUCCGUACGAUUGGGUGCCGCCAAACUACUGGUACGACACAGACGACACCAAAAACCAUAAGGGCACUGCUUUUGGCUUCGGUUCAGAGCUUGGUGCCGGUGUAGGCACACCAGAGAAAGGCAGCCUACGCAAGUUCCUGUCUUCAAAGGACAUGGACGACCUCUGGAAGCAGCCCAAAAAGGGACUUUACCAUAUGUCAAAUGAAGGAUCACAAUUCUUCACACGCGAGAUUUACAACGAGGCUUUGGUUGGAAGACAAGGUGGUGGCAGCGGUGGAGGUUCUGCCAUGGCCGACUCACUUGACGAUUACCUCAUGAAGGCCCAGAUGAUGGACUACGAGGCGACACGAGCCCAGUUCGAGGGCUUCGCGGCUCGCUGGAACGCCGAGAGACCGGCUACAGGCCUUAUAUACUGGAUGCUCAACAAUGCCUGGCCUAGUUUGCAUUGGAACUUGUUCGACUACUACCUCCACCCCGCAGGUUCGUACUUUGGCGCCAAGGUCGGAGCGAGAACGGAGCAUGUCGCCUACGACUAUGUCAAGGGAUCCGUGUACGUAAUCAACAAAUCCUUGGACAAGCGCGGCACACGCAAUGUCGAUAUACAAGUUAUUUCCAUCGACGGAAGGAUGAUAUCGACAGCAGCGGGCAAGGUUGAUACCGAGCCAAACAAGAGCAAGGUUGUCGCAUCACUUGCGAGCGCUGUCCGAGGCAUUAAGGAUGUCGUGCUAGUGCGACUAAGGCUGGCGGAUGAUAAGAACACGACUCUGAGCCGGAACGUCUACUGGCUUGCCAAUGGGACUGAUACUCUUGACUGGAGCGAAUCCACCUGGUACCACACUCCGGUCACUAAGUAUGCUGACUUUACCGCGCUCAAUAACAUGAAGCCUGCGGACUUGAAGGUAUCCACCAAGGCCUCUUCCAUAGGUAGCAAUGGCCGCACCGUUGUUCUUAAAAACGACGCGACUGUGCCUGCACUUUUUGUGAGGCUUAACCUCGUUGACGCCACGGGAGCUGAUGUGAACCCGGUAAUAUGGUCCGACAACUACGUCACCCUCUGGCCGGGCGAAACCCUCGAGUUGGAAGUCACAGAAGGCGCAGACAAAGGAAAGAGUAUUGAAGUCAGCGGCAAGAAUGUGGCGUCUACGACGGUUGCAUUCGAUUGA